AUGAGCGAUAACGCUCAUGGAGAGCCGAGAGCUUCUCGAGAAGACCACCUGCAUGAGGCUGUGGCAGACGAGGAAGCCCAGCUCUUGCUGGCUACCGAGCAAUUCGACUUUGAGGAAAACGCCGAGACUCAGCAUCCUACACCACGACGCCGUGUUAAGUUCCUUCAGAGAAUCGCAGGACCGGAUCCUCCCCGGAUUCAAAGCAUCAAGGGAUUCUUUCCAUCUGUCCAACGAUAUCCUAUCAGCAUUGUUGAUCGCUAUUUCGCAACUCUUACACGCAAGAUCGUUCUGUUGACCACGUUCUUACUCCUCUGGAUAAUUGCAUAUUCCAUUCCCUUAUAUGCUGGAAAUUGCGCGAUUAAGGAUGCCCGCAACGACUACGUAGUCAACUUGGAUUGCGUUGAUACCCUUUGGAGGCGCAAGAACCUGUGUGGACUUGAUGGACUAGACUGUCGCCCGGGAGGCUGUGGUAGACUCAGCAGAUCUGGCGAGCAGAAGAGCUUUCCGGGUGUCGAGAGAAACGGUAUCGAAUCGAUACCCUUUGACUCCAACUUUCCAUCUUCGUUCACCUUUUCAUCCGAGUCAGACAUCACUUGCAGCAGGGACCCGCGCCAACUCUUGCUCUACAUGUCACUCUUCUUCACUGCCAUCUUUUCGAUCUUCACAACGUCGCCAGCCUUGCAGUUCUUCGUCGUCUUCAUAGCCAUUUUUACUCAUGUCGGCCUAGCAUCUGAUCCUCCAACAGCCUCUCAUUUCAAUAUUUCCGUCCUCCCGGAUCACAUCUCAUCCCUCGCUGGAAGAUUGCUUCCAGCACUGUUCUGCGCCGCCAUCAUUUACAAGACUUGUGUUUCAAGGGCUUUAUCUGGCUUGGAAGCGCAGUUUGAAAAGGGCUUGUUCUGGCUAGGAGGUUUCUGGCUUGGAGCCCUCUCCAACUACACAUUGGAUUGGAUUCCCAUUAAUCGACUCACGGCACAUGAUUUGGAGCAGCAACCUGGAGCCAAGGUGGCACUCGCCGCCAUCAUUUGUAUCCUUGUAUUAAUCGUCUGCCAGCAAGUAUACGUCUUUUGGUUGGAGAGACGCAUGUUACCAUAUCUCGUUCUAUAUGGACUCUUCAUUCUUGGGAUCGUUUUCUUUGUCGUCAUACCGGGACUCGACCUUCGCAUUCACCACUAUAUCUUGGCCCUCCUGCUACUCCCCGGUACGAGCGUCCAGACUCGAUCUUCACUGUUGUAUCAAAGCAUAUUGUUAGGCCUUUUCGUCAACGGGAUCGCUCGAUGGGGUUUUGACUCUGUUCUGCAAACACCUGCCGAUCUGCGUCAGGACGGUGCCUUUAAUUCUUUCGUCCCUACAAUAGACACGCCAGUCAUUGCAUCAACCACAGAAGGAUUCAACAUUUCAUUCUCCUGGCAGGGGGCACCAACGCCCCUCUUUAAUGGCAUCAGUGUGCUCGUAAACGACGUCGAGCGCUACCGCCGCUUCUUCCCCGAGGCCACCUCCGCCUACAACUUCUCGUGGACACGGACGACAGACUUUGAACUUCCAGAAUACUUUCGUUUUGCUUAUAUGCGAGACAGAAUGGCGUUGGAUUACACAAAAGCAGGUACCUGGUUUGCAAACGGGACUUGGAGUAUGCCAGAACCAGACAGUGUGUAG